AGUGAGAAAACCAAGAGAGAGGGGUUAGUGGAUGUAGCUCUAGCUGUGGGCCGGGGGGUGAGCUACCUAACCCGGGCUGCUCUGCUGAAACAUCCAUGGGUGGCUGUGUCGGGAGCCACCACGACUCUUCGGGCAGCUUAAAUGAGAACUCGGACGGCACUGGAGUGGCUCUAGGGCGCAAUCAGCCCCUGAAGAGAGAGCGGCCUAAAUGGAAAAGUGACUACCCGAUGACUGAAGGCCAGCUGCGCAGCAAGAGAGAUGAGUUCUGGGAUACGGCACCAGCAUUUGAGGGCCGGAAAGAGAUCUGGGAUGCGCUGCGGGCUGCGGCCAGCGCGUUUGAGAGUAACGACCACCUACUGGCUCAGGCCAUCCUUGACGGAGCCAGCAUCACACUGCCACACGGAGCACUGACUGAAUGUUACGAUGAGCUGGGGAAUCGAUACCAGCUGCCAGUCUACUGCCUCUCUCCUCCCGUCAACAUGAUUGAAGAGCGCUCAGAUGAGCCUGACGGUUCCGAUCCAGACUCUGGGGCUGCUGACGCAUCCACGGGCAGCGCCAGCGACCCGGGCUCAGGUGGCGAGUUCCAGCUCCGGCUCCGGCUCUCCACAGGUCGUGACCUCCGGCUGGCAGUUCGUUCAACAGACACAGUGGGCAUGAUGAAGCGUCGUUUGCAAAAUCAGGAGGGCGUGCCUGCCCCAACCCAGCGCUGGUUUUUUUCAGGUCGGCCACUGACAGACAGGUUGCGCUUGGACCAACUCAACAUUUCUAGGGACUAUGUAGUGCAGGUCAUCCUCAGCCAGCGUCCGCCACCAGAGCCUGCAAUGACACCGGGACACACACCAGAGGCCUCUGGGCCAGUGGCAAUGGAAGGAGUGUCUGCUCUGCCUCAAGAGCCGACGCUGGUAGAGAAUUAAAAUCUCAAGCUGUCAGCAAGGAGAGGGCAUACCACAGGCCUGGCAGUUUAAAAGAAGGAGGAUAACAAGGGACAAGAAAGAAUUUAAAGUUAAUCCUUCUCUUCUCAGUUGUUUUUGCUGGGUAGGUCUUUGUUUGGGCAGAUAUUGGCGGUCUGCUGGAACAUAAAGACUUGUAUUGAGAAAAGACUCUUCCUCUCGGUUUUACACGUUGAAAUUUUGAGCUUUUUGAAGUCUUUUUAACUGUUCCUAUGGAAACCAAACUACAAAAAGAGAACUUUGUCAGAUGGCUCAAAUGGUUUUCUUAGCAACACUGAGGUUUGAAUGUUUCUGUGUUUCAGUUUCCAUUUAAGUUUUGUUUUUAAGGAAUUAAUUUAGUUUAUAAGGCUACAGGGUUCGUAAUACAUUUUCAUAACAUUUCAAUUCACUGUUGAGAGGGAAAGAUUUUCAACAAUUUUGUAGCUGCAUUGGAAUUAAAGACUUCAGUUAGCUGAUUAUCUCAGCAUGCAGAUGGCUGUAGAGAACAUUUGUAUUACUAGUUGGCACACAGAUAUUUCCUUAAAAAGUCCGAGGGUAUGACAGCGUUUUUACCAAGCUCCUGGUGGUUGCAAUACUUCACUUAUCCCUGCUUCACUGAACAAUCAAGUCAAUCAUGUGAUAACAGUAAAUAGAUAGCCUUUGGUUGUGAGUGUGAAUAAGUGUGUGUGUGUGUGUGUGGAUGCUCAUAUGAUCAGAACACAAACCACGCCUAUUCAUGUGGCAAAAGGAUGGACAUCAGGAACAUAGUUGCAUAUUUUGAUUAAAAAUAGAAUGUUUUUAAUUAAAAUUGAACAUUGUUUAUAUUA